AUGCUACCAUUGCUGUUUGUAGUAACAUCAACAACACCAGUCAAUGUGUCUAAACCUCCAGUAGAGUCGGUGGAUGCAAACGUAGUGGUGUAUUCCGUGCAGUCUGGACAAAGAACAGAAGUCAGAGUGACCAACGCACCAUUGGAGUUCGUAGUAACAUCAACAACACCAGUCAAUGUGUCUAAACCUCCAGUAGAGUCGGUGGAUGCAAAUGUAGUGGUGUAUUCCGUGCAAUCGGGACAAAGGAGAGAAGUCAGAGUCACUAAUGCACCAUUGCUGUUUGUCGUAACGUCAACAACACCAGCCAAAGUGUCUAAACCUCCAGUAGAGUCGGUGGAUGCAAACGUAGUGGUGUACUCAGUACAAUCGGAACAAAUAAUUGACGUCAGAGUUACCAAGGCACCAUUGCUGUUUGUCGUAACGUCAACAACACCGGUCAAAGUAAUCGAGUGCAACUCUCUGCAUCAAGCGAGGUGA